CCUCUGGUGUCCUCCCGGCCCUCCACGCCACCGGCAUUGGCUCCUAAGAGAUCCCAGUCCGUCGAUCGGAGCCGUCCCUCCACCCCUCGCCCGGAUCACCGGCCCACCACCGCCGAGCCCUCCGCCGCCGCCCGAGCCCUGUGCACCACCACACGAAGCCUCUCCGUCUCGUUCCAAGGGGAGUCCUUCUUCUACCAGACCAGCCGCGCCAAAGCCACCUCCCCUAGCCCCGCCCGCAAGCCCAGCCCCACGCACCGGAGGACCAACUCAGCCGCCGCUACCCCGGCCAGGGCCGGCGACCAGUCAGAGAACUCCCGGCCCUUUGAAAACCACCACCGCUGGCCUGCCGCCAGACCCCGGCCGUCGAACCCGUUGAUGAGGAGCUUGGACUGCAAUUUGGAGAAGAAAGGUUCUAUCUUGGCCACGGUCCAUUUGCUGCAGCAGUCAAUGGUGUUCGAUGAUGGCACGCGCCGAGCAUCCUUCGACGGGUGCGACCUCUCGGCAUCAUCGGAUACCGAUAGUGUGUCCUCCGGCAGCAAUUCAGGGGUGCAGGAGCUUAGUGUGCCUCCAAGGGCACGGGUCACUCCCCGUGGAAUUAGUGUGCCUGCAAGGUUCUGGCAGGAGACCAACAGCCGGUUACGCCGGCUUCCGGAGCCGGGCACGCCGUUGUCGUCAUCAGGCUCCAGGACUGCGGCCCCACCGAAGCUUGGUUUGGCAAAGAAAUCAUUGGUGGAUAGCCCUUCGUCAUCUCCUCGGUCGGUUUCUUCUCCGCUCCAUGGACCCAUGAGGCCAUCUUCUCCGAGUAAGAUUGUGGCUUCUCCCUCAAGGGGAAUGGCCAGUCCUUUGCGAGCGAGGAACAAUGGAUCUGUGAGUUCCUCUCCAAUUGGUCAGCCAGGUAAUGCACCUUCAAUUAUAAGCUUUGCGGCGGAAGUGAGGAGGGCAAAGAAAGGGGAGAACCGGAUUGAGGAAGCACACUUGUUGAGGCUGUUUCAUAAUCGGCAGUUGGAAUGGCGUUGGGUGAAUGCAAGGGCCAAUGCUUCACUCUUUGUGCAGAGACUGACUGCAGAGAAAAAUUUGUAUAAUGCUUGGAUAACUACAUCAGAGUUGCGUGAUUCUGUCACUUUUAAAAGGACCAAGCUACAGCUUCUGAAACAAAAUCUAAAACUAACUUCCAUUCUUAAGGGACAAAUGACCUAUUUGGAGGAGUGGUCUCUUUUGGAUAGAGAUCAUUCUAGUGCUUUAUCAGGAGCUAUUGAAGCGUUAAAGGCUAGCACGCUCCGUCUUCCUGUUGUUGGAGGAGCAAAGGCAGACAUCCAAGAAGUGAAAGAUGCUGUUGGUUCAGUAGUUGAUGUGAUGCAAUCGAUGGGAUCCUCCAUAUGUUCUCUAUUGUCAAAGGUAGAAGGAACUAGUUCCUUGGUGUCCGAACUCGCUAAAAUGGCAGCUCAAGAGCAAGCAUUACUAGAACAAUCCAAAGAUCUCUUGUCCACAGUAGCAGCCAUGCAUGUGAGACAAUCUAGCCUGCAAGGGCACAUAUUACAGCUAAAACGGAACCCAGCCAGAUGAAAUUGUAGGGCCAAUUCUGUUUCUGCCUUUGUGAUCACUAACAUCACUGCAACCUCUUCUUUUUCUAACCGGAGAUUGUGCCAAUGGUAAUAAAGCAUGGUGGUUUGUUGUGAGCGAAAGCGAGUGCUCUAAAUCUGAUGUUGAUCUUACCUAGGGUGGCUGAUUCAUGUAUUUUUGUAUGCAUAUUACCACAGUAAUGGCCUUUUUCCUUGCAGGAUAUACAUUAGCUGUAUACAGAAUACUUUUUUCUUGUACUGAAUCUACUGAUCAAAGAAAAGCUUUUGUAUAUAUUAAUGCUUUCUUUUUUUCUUUUUCGUUAGAGAGAACAUACCAGUUUCGUUAUCAAAGUUGUCUUUGUAUCUUAUCCAUCUUUUGGAUAUAUAGUUGAUGGAGAGUCCUAGAUGGUAAAGUAGUGAACAUUGUUCAUGUUGCUUUGAUGCUGCUUAGCUGUGGGCCUUGCCCUCUUGUGUCAAGAAUGAUACCUCUUGCUAUCAUGCUAUGAAUGGCAAAAUCAAUCAAAAAUCA